AUGCCAUCAUUUGUUAAUGAAAUUCUCCAAAGGCCACUCCAAGUGGCCUGUAUCCAGAUAGCAAGUGGUCCCGACAAAGCCGCAAAUAUUGCUCAAGUGAGGAAGAAGGUCUUACAGGCGGCCGCUGGAGGUGUUUCCCUUAUUGUUCUUCCGGAAUGCUUCAACUCGCCAUAUUCCACUGCAAGAUUUCGCGAGUAUGCCGAGCCCUUAUCAUCAUGCCCCGACUCCACGGAGGCACCUACCUUCGCCGCAUUGCAAAAGAUGGCUCAAGAGGCCGGUGUGUUUCUCAUAGGAGGAAGUAUCCCUGAACGUGACCAGGCCGGGAAAAUCUAUAAUACCUGCGCGGUGUACUCUCCUGAAGGGAAGUUGCUUGCAUCUCAUCGCAAAAUGCAUCUAUUCGACAUCGAUAUCCCAGGCGGCAUGUCAUUUCGGGAAUCAGAUACCCUAUCACCUGGCAAUAAAAUCACGAUCGUGGAUUUGGAUGGGUUCGGGAAGAUUGGCAUCGGAAUAUGCUAUGACUUGCGUUUCGCGGAACUUAGUAUGAUUGCAGCUCGAGAGGGUGCUUUCGGACUAAUUUUCCCCUCCGCAUUUAACACAACAACUGGACCGCUUCACUGGGAGCUGCUUGGUCGUUCCCGCGCAGUCGAUAACCAGGUCUACAGUAUUCUGUGUUCGCAAUCAAGGGCGCCACCACCUGCAUACCCUUCCUGGGGUUACAGCAUGAUCAGCGAUCCGAUGGGUCGAAUUGUUGCCGGGGCCAAGGAGAGCGACGACAUCAUAUAUGCGACUUUGGAGCCAGAUGUUAUCAGGGAGUCUCGCCAGGCGAUUCCUAUUAGCAGCCAGAGGAGAUAUGACGUGUAUCCGGAUAUCGGAGCGUUCCCGAUCGUUUGA